UCUCGCGCCCUGGCUUGACAGUGUUGGUUCAUGAAGUUUUAUCAUCGAUUCAAAUAAUCAAGAAUAGAAAAUUCUGCAAAAGCAGAGGAAUAUUAAAAAAUGGCUCUUGAACAGGCAAAAACAUCAGUAAAUUCUGAAACAGAGACUUCAUUCAGUAUUGAUGAAACCACAACAGCUUCUGGGACUGGGUUUUCUGUAAAGACUUCUGUCUGUGGGCAAGUAGACACACCAAAGAAGAGAAAAGAAUUUGAAGAUGAUCUUGUCGAGGAAAGUUCCAGAUAUGAGGAAGACAGUCCAUCCAAGAAAAGAAAACUUGAUAUUGAAAUUGUCCCAGAGGAAAAAGGUUCUGGUGAUGUUGAAGGUGUUUCAAGGAAAAGGAAACUGGAAACUGAUGAUUUGAAAGAUGAACCUUCGACUGGAGAUGGCACCCAGAAAAAGAGAAAAGUAGAACUUGAGGAUGUUCCUGAAAGGCAGAAGAACUUGGAAGGAGGACACAGCUCAACAGUAGCUGCCCACUAUAAUGAGCUUAAGGAAGUUGGUUUGGACAAACGUAGUCAAAGUCGUAUUUUUUACCUAAGAAACUUUAAUAAUUGGAUUAAAAGUGUGCUUAUAGGGGAAUUUUUGGAAAAGGUACGACAGAGGAAAAAUCGCGAUAUCACUGUUUUGGACCUGGGAUGUGGUAAAGGUGGAGAUUUGCUAAAGUGGAGAAAGGGAAGAAUUAGCAAGCUCAUUUGUACUGAUAUUGCUGAUAUUUCUGUCAAACAGUGUCAGCAGCGGUACGAGGACAUGAAAAAUCGUCGUGAUGAAUAUAUUUUUAAUGCAGAAUUUAUAACUGCUGACUGUUCAAAGGAACUUUUGGCUGACAAAUUUCGUGACCCAGAAGUGCGCUUUGACAUCUGUAGUUGUCAGUUUGUCUGUCAUUACUCAUUUGAGUCCUCUGAGCAGGCUGACAUGAUGCUCAGAAAUGCCUGUGAGAGACUCGGUCCUGGAGGUUAUUUUAUUGGUACAACUCCUAACAGUUUUGAGCUGAUAAGACGCCUUGAAGCUUCAGAAACAGAAUCAUUUGGAAAUGAAAUCUAUACUGUGAAGUUUGAGAAGAAAGGACAUUAUCCCUUAUUUGGCUGCAAAUAUGACUUCAACUUGGAAGGUGUUGUGGAUGUUCCUGAAUUCUUGGUCUAUUUUCCAUUGCUAACUGAAAUGGCAAAGAAGUACAAUAUGAAACUAGUCUACAAAAAAACAUUUCUGGAAUUCUAUGAAGAAAAAAUUAAGAACAAUGAAAAUAAAAUGCUAUUAAAACGAAUGCAGGCCCUGGAGCCUUAUCCUGCAAAUGAGAAUUCCAAGCUCAUCUCUGAGAAGGUGGAUGACUAUGAACAUGCAGCAGAGUAUGUGAAGAACAGUCACGUAAGGUUACCUUUGGGAACCUUAAGUAAAUCAGAAUGGGAAGCUACAAGUAUUUACUUGGUUUUUGCCUUUGAGAAGCAGCAGUGAGCACUUAUGCAGUGGCCCCAAAGCAAUUCUCCACCCUACACAGAUUUGAACAAUCCAUCUCAUAGAUAUGACAGCUCUCUUGUUUAUUUUAAUUAUAAAUUAAUUGUAAAUGUACAGGAUGCUGCCGGAAACUCCAGUGUGUAAAUUCAGCAUUUGCUGUCUGUGACAGAUUAACUUGGUGUGUAUAGGUAAGAAUGAAUUGGGACCUUUGUCUUUAAAAUCUAUUUUCAGGUAAUGUUCUAAGAAUUCCAUUUGACUGUACUGUCUUAGCUUAUAAAAACGAUAACACAACUUGUUGAAGCAGCUGAAUUCUUCACAGUGCUGGGUUGUCGAGUGUUGUUUACAUGUCAUACUUGCUGCAGCUGCGCGGUGGAGAGGGCACAUUCUGGAUUACCAGUGUGGGCUCAUUUCCAUGUUUUGUUACAUAUUAGUUUUCAAGAUUAAAUGGAUUGCUUUCUGUACAUUUGAAUGCAAGUGUUCAAUAUAUAUUGCUAAAGUUAUAAAUUUAAAACUUGAUUUUUAGAUAGUCAUAAAAGUUGCCUAGCUAGAAUUUUUAUCAACUGCAUUUUGAUAUGAAUAAUUAUUUGUUAAUAUGUUGCAAUUCUGAAACUGUUUAGAACAUUUUAGAUAGCAACAUAGAGUUAUUUUGGAAUUUUAAUUUCCUACAAUAGCAUUAAUAUAUCCAUUUGUCAAAAUUGUAAUUAGAUGUUUACCUUUCUUCAUUGAACAGUGAUGCCAUAACUAAUUUUUCUCAAGAUUUAUUUAGUGAAAGUCCCUUUCUUGUAAGCCUGUUGGAAAUUUUUUCAAAUUUGUAUAUGUAACUGCAACAGGCACAUAGGACUGUAGAGGAAGUAAAUGCUUAGACUUCAGAUUAAUCCUCACUGAUGUUAGAUCCAGGUUCCCGUGCAGAAGUAAGCAAUUUCAGAACCAUUUUAAUUGUCAUUAAAAUUGUCAUUUAUAUAAUUGACUACUCUUCCAGAACAUGCUUAUAUGAACUGUUGUCCUUAUGUUAUGCCAGCAUUCAGGAAACUUGCCAGUGUUUGGAUGAACUGAGAAACAUUAAGAUCAAAGUAGAGCGAUUGUGUAUUCUUUUUUAAAUGGUUUAUUUAAAGCAUGGCUUACAAAGACAUUACUUUCUAUAUUUAUCUACAGUACUUGUUUUAGAAACAUAGUCUUUUAAUUGGUUUAUAUGUUGCUCAUGGUGUUAGAGUAACAAGCUUUUUAGCAAGAAUUUCCUUCCUUAUUUCUAUUCCUUCUGCAAUCUGUCAGUUUUACAAAAAUCAAGUCUUUUUGCCUUGAUGGUGGCUUGCCUUACGUCACUCGGAAAACUAGCAUUAGUGUAUCUGGCCGGAGACCACUAUUGGCCAGCAGAGGUUUGGUAAUUGUGCUAGGGAGGUGUGGGAGGAGCACACUGUGCUCUUAUUUAGGCAAUCACCCUUCUCCCAUGAGCUUUGUGUGCUGCUCUGCCUUACCUGUUCUUCCACUCCCCUACCUCUCCUUGCAACAGUUAAGUGUCUGGACAGUGACUGAGGAUGAUCCUUUAGGAGAAGGACUGGAAAAGGCACCCUGUUCAUCAUUACCCAUCACCAGAGGAGAAAGCUGGAACAUCCCAUAGUCUGAAUGGUUGAUUCAAGACACAUCCAAUGAGAGGGGCCUGAUUUUUCUCUUUUGGGCCAGGAAGAGACCAUUGAGGUAGGCAGUUCAUGGGAGUGGCUCCAGGGUACUCACAGACCUGCUCAGUAGUUAUCCUCCAAGUAUGAAAUUAGAAAUGAAGAUCAGAUCAGCUAUUUAGGAAAGACACAACCUGAGAAGCAGAUAAUUGUUGUAGGAACAUGGCCACAUUGUGGUGCUACCAAGAACACUAACAUUGAAUUCUUUGGGCCUAGAAUCUACUCAGGGAAAGUGGUGGCCACAGUGUUCAGGGAGGGGAGCUAGUAAAUUCCAGCAGUUUCAACCACACCUCUGGCAUUCUCAUUUGCAGCGGGUGGCAGACCUGACUUGGCAUAGUGAGCUGAGCCUUCUUGUGCCUGAGUCCACUGUGUUUCCCAAGAAAACUUUAGCCUGGCUUCAGUGAGAAAAGGCAUUGAGUAGAGGCUUUCGCUUAUGUUAAUGAGCAUGUAAUGACUGAAAGGUUCAUGGUCAGUACAGUGGGUUCCUUGGCCCACUCCUUCACCCCAUGUUGGAAGUCUAGGAAGUGUGAUCACUGCCUGACUUCACGUGUUAGAUGAUCAGACCAGCAGGUGUGAGUGAAGCAAGCACCUGGUGAGGUAGGGUGCAGUGUUGCUUAGUGAAAAGCAGAACGUAUCCUUCAGCCUCUUAGCUUGUUGCCAGUGUGAUACUCUGAUUUGCAUUCAGGUUUCCCUUUUUUUUUUUUUUUCUUUUUUGUGGUGCUGCAAGGCAAGCACUCUGCCAACUGAGCUAUUUCCCUAGCCCUCAGGUUUCCUUUUGAUGAAGAUGCAGCUUCUUGUGUAGGCCUACCCACAGGUUCAGAGUGGCAAUGUGACUCCUCUGGUGGUUUUGUUUCACAAGCUGACUUUCCCUCAUCUACCUCAGGCUUUGUACGCAGGUCAUCUUGAGCCAGUCACUGCAGAGGUCUCUAGGCUUGCAAAGUAGAGGCCAUAUCCAGGGGCCUGGACCCUGGAAUAGAAGUUGUACCAAAAUGCCUGUGAUGUUUAGGCCCCAGUGGUCAUAUUACACUUGGGUCUGAUGGCACCACCUCGCUAGCUGCUGUUACAUCAAAUACUAUGCAUCUGAGAAAUGUUUUAUGUCCCUCCCUCUGAUAGCAAUGGUCCUGAUUCUUUAUUUGAAUGCAGUGACUGCAUGUUUACUUAGUAGUAGAUCCAUAUGGGACUGGGCCAGGGAUUGUCAGCUUUUCUGCCCUGCUGUGUUUUACAGUUUCUCUCUGUUCCAUUUAGUCCUGACGCAUGUACCUGUAUGCUUCUCUGCAGAAUUGAGACAUAAUAUACCUGGAAAUGUGCCCUAAAGUUUGGCUGUGGGGACUUCUGGGUGAACCCCAAGCCCUCUACUCUCUAGACUCACCCUGGGUCAUCCUUCCUUGGGGAGAGCACACCUUAGACAAAGCCAAAGUUGACAGCUCACAUUUAUGAAUCUCCUACCUUGUAUCAGUUGCUUUUCUAAAUGUUUUACAUAUGGUAAUUCAUUUUGAUCCUUACAACAACUGUGUGAGCACCAUUAUUUUCCUUUCAGUGAGAAAAUUGGGUUAGAGAGGAUACAGAUUUGCCCAAAACAAAGGCAGCAAUUUAUCACCCCAUCCAAGAUGUGCCUGCAGUCCACUUGCAUGUCACAAACCUCCAAGGGUGUGGUCCAGAUGAUCCUUGCCCAUUCACUACCUGAAGCCUGAGGUGUUAGCUGUUGGGGCUCCACCAUUUGGGCUCAAAACUUGAGUACUUAAUUUCCUGAGAAGAGCAUUGGUUCCUGAAGGAGAGGCUUGUGGAGAGAGGUAGAGAGCAUGCUCCAGUACUUGAACAUGCUGGUGAGGAGGAAAGCUGGGCUUGGACUCACAGGGUGAGGCUUGCUGCCAGCAGCCAAACCUGCAGGUCUCUGUGUUGGGGAGCACUGCUCCUCACACCACCUGCGAGGCAGCACAAGUAGUGGACCUUGGCUGAGCAGAGAAUGCAAGUCUGAGCAGAGGAGCCAGGCAGAGGCAGAUGGUUUUGUUCUCACUUUUUAUUGAAGAAGGACAUCUAUACAGACCUCAGUGACACUUCACUAGCAGAAUGCAUACAUGCACUCACACCCAGGUUCCUCUCAGGCUUCCUUCUGACCACUGUCUCCCCCCCCCCCCCGCCCCACAUGAUAACCACUAUCCAGCUAGAAGAGCAUAGACUAGUUUUGUCUUGUUUGAGAUGUUAUGUGAAUGGAAUCGAACAUUAUGCAUUCUUUGUAUCUGGCUUCUUUCACUCAACAGUAUGUGAAUUUUUUUGUUGUAAGUAUUUGUACAUGGUUCAUUCUCACAGUUGUAUAGUAUUCCAUUCUGUGAAUAAACCACAUAUUAUUUAUCUGA